AUGAAUGGACAAAAAGGCUUUUCCAGUAGCGCAUCAGGGGGCAAGGAGCAUGGCAGGAAGAGAAGCAGGAGCCCUGGUGUUGUGGCGGAACAUGGGCAGUUCAGUCCAGCUGGCCAGAAGCCUUUGCAGCAGCAGGCACCGCCACAGCAGCCGCCUCCAAAAGAGCAGCAGCAGCAGCAGGGGAGGAAGAAGGCGAGAAAGAUGACGCCAGAGGGGGGCCUGCGCGCAGAUAUCUUCAAGGCUGCCAAGGAGAAUGACCCGCUUGGAGGCCUUGCAGCCUACGACCGAGCUGUUGCUGAAGGCAUCAGCAUGGGCAACGACCUGUUUGAGACGCUGCUGUACCUGUGCUCGGGCGGCCAGGCAUGGGAUGCCAAGCUGCCUGCACCUGCCCAGACAGACGCCAAAUCAGCCUCACAGCCAGGGGAGGAUGUUGACGCCAGGAAAGCAGCCCACAAAGAGGCCAGCACAUCUGGGCAGGCCACUUCAGGCAACGGUGCCACACCGGAGCAGGCUUUGCAGCGAGAAAGCAUUGACAAAGCCGCGCACAUGACCUCUGAGGAGUGGGUGAAAGUGGCACGGCGCGGCAAGGAGCUGUGGCAGACACUGAAGGAGCGAGGGGGCGGCAAAUCAGAGGUGUGUUACACGGCGCUGGCGCGCAUGGCUGCGACGGAGGGGAAGCCAGAUCAGGCGCUGGACGCUGCCAGGGAAGCGCUAGCGACGGGCCUCCAUCUGAAACUGCGCAGCUUUGUUCCCGCCCUCAAAGCCUACUGCGCCGCCGGCAACGUGGACGCAGCCUUCAAGGUGGACGAGCUGAUAGCGGAGCAGGAGCUGGACCUGACUGAGGAUGAGUACGCAUUACUCAUCGGGGUGUGCGCUUAUGGGGCCGUGUGGGCUCGCGCGGAGGGGGUGCUGACGCGAAUUGCCCGGGAGCUGACGGCGCUGCAGGAGGGAACGCUGGCCGCCGUGGAACGCUUCUUCAGGUCACCGAGUGCGGCCCAGUCGCUAGGAGAGGGCCAGUCAUGGGUGCUGGAGCGGUGCAGCGUCAGCGAGAGCGGGCAGCCGAGCUGCUGCGAUGGGCAGCUCGAGGCGGUGGACCUGUCUCCGGAGGAGUACCACGCGUUUGCGGAGGGCAUCGCGGCGCUGGCGAGGCAGAAGGAGAAGCGGCCGAGCGACUUUGACACGUUCCGGGCCUGGGUUGAUCGUAACGGCCCUUACGGGUGCCUCAUUGACGGCGCCAACGUGGCGCUGUUCGGCCAGAACUGGGAAGCCGGCGGCUUCAGCUUCGCGCAGAUCUCUGCGGUGCUUGACCAACUUCGCGAGGAACGUCCGGACCUGAAGCCCCUGCUGAUGCUGCACCAGUCACGGGUGAAGGCGGAGCUUGCCAGGGAACGCCGCGCGGCAGCUCUGCUGGAGCGCCUCAGAAGGGACCACCUCUUCUAUACGACCCCCUUCGGCUCCAACGACGACUGGUACUGGCUCUACGCUGCCGUCAAAUCAGGCCCGGAUGCGCUGAUAGUGAGCUGCGAUGAGAUGAGGGAUCACCUGUUCCAGCUGCUGGCUCCCAAGUACUUUCGAAAAUGGAAACAGCGCCACCAGGUCUACUUCAAGUUCGCGCCAAAGGGACGCGCAGUGCUGACUCACCCUGCGCCGUACACUGUGUGCACACAGCACCUGCUUGUGUCCAACGCUUGGCUGUUCCCUUCUGCAGAGUCUGACCAGUGGCUGUGCGCCCGUCCAUCUCAGUAG